CGAGCUGUUUAAUAUAAUUACAAAAACACCUAGAUAAAAAUGGAAACCAGCUCAAUUGUGCCCGAUGUUAUCGACACAAUGCCUUCUAACAUAAUGAAAGUCAUAUACACAAGUGGUUGCAAGGCCGAGCUGGGCAACGAGCUGACACCAACCCAGGUGAAAUCCCCGCCCAACGUAGACUGGCCAACAGAGUCGGGCCAACUCUACACCUUAAUUAUGUUGGACGCCGACAGUCACGACGUGAACAAUGAUAAACUAGAGCGACCAGAUUACCCGGAUCACAGUGGCCAUCAAACACUGCACUGGCUGGUGGUGAACGCUAGC